AUGUCUUGGAAACUUACAAAGAAGCUGAAGGAGACCCAUCUGGGUCCUCUUGCAAGCACCUUCUCCCGCUCGCCCUCCACCUCCACCAUCACAGAUAAGGAAGAAAAGAGCCAAGCGGGCAGCUCGGGAACAGCCACCCCUUCGAACGAGAACACCAUUGCCGCGUCCGAAGCCCUUACGCAAGCCCCGAUCGUCAAGCCCCCUAAGCCCGGUAUCCUCGUCGUCACCCUCCACGAGGGUUCCGGUUUCUCGCUACCCGAGCAAUACCGCAAUGUCUUUGCUUCAGGCCAUGGCGGCAACUCCAUGUCGACUGGAAGUGCCCUUAACGUAGCAGGCUCCAUUCGAAACAACAACUCGUCGCGAACCGCCAACUUCCUGAGCGGCUCUUCGCGCCCACAGAGCUCCGGCGGCUUCGGUGCUAUUCCCACGAACCACGGCCGUAUCUCCACAAAGUACAUGCCCUAUGCCCUGAUAGAUUUCGACAAGGUCCAGGUUUUUGUCAAUUCGGUCGAAGGCAACCCAGAAAACCCUCUGUGGGCCGGCUCGAAUACCCAGUACAAGUUCGAUGUGUCCCGCGUUACCGAACUUGCAGUACAUCUUUAUAUCCGCAACCCCAACGCUGCUCCUGGCUCUGGCCGCAGCCAAGACAUCUUCCUCGGUGUUGUCCGUAUUAAUCCCAGAUUCGAGGAGAAGCAGCAGUUUGUUGAAGACCCCAAGGCCAGCAAGAAGGACCGGGAAAAGGCCGCCACCGAGUUUGCCAACAACCAGCGCGCUCUCGGGCACAGCGGUGUGGAAUGGGUCGAUGUUCAGUACGGCACUGGAAAGCUCAAGAUUGGCGUCGAGUAUGUGGAGAACCGUGCCGGUAAGCUCAAGAUUGAGGAUUUCGAGCUUCUCAAGGUCGUCGGCAAGGGAUCUUUCGGUAAGGUCAUGCAGGUGCGCAAGAAGGACACGAACCGUAUCUAUGCUCUCAAGACGAUCCGCAAGGCGCACAUUAUCUCGCGUUCCGAAGUCGCCCACACGCUCGCUGAGCGAUCCGUUCUGGCCCAGAUCAACAACCCGUUUAUCGUGCCGCUCAAGUUCACCUUCCAGAGUCCUGAGAAGCUAUACUUCGUCCUCGCGUUCGUCAACGGAGGCGAGCUCUUCCAUCAUUUGCAGAAAGAGCAGCGAUUUGACGUCAACCGCAGUCGUUUCUACACGGCCGAACUGCUGUGCGCCCUCGAGUGUCUCCACGGCUUCAACGUCAUUUACCGUGAUCUCAAGCCGGAAAACAUCCUUCUCGAUUACCAAGGUCACAUUGCUCUCUGCGAUUUCGGUCUCUGCAAGCUGGACAUGAAGGACGAAGACCGCACCAACACAUUCUGCGGCACCCCUGAGUAUUUGGCGCCCGAAUUGCUGAUGGGCAAUGGCUACAACAAGACUGUUGAUUGGUGGACAUUGGGCGUGCUUUUGUACGAGAUGUUGACGGGUCUCCCCCCUUUCUACGACGAGAACACCAACGAGAUGUACCGCAAGAUCCUCAGCGAGCCACUGCACUUCCCCGGACCCGAGGUUGUACCACCAGCUGCCAAGGACCUCUUGACCAAGCUGCUCAACCGCGACCCGCAACAACGUCUUGGUGCCAACGGUGCCGCUGAGAUCAAGGCGCAUCCCUUCUUCCACGCUAUAGAUUGGCGCAAGUUGCUGCAGCGCAAGUAUGAGCCUGCGUUCAAGCCCAAUGUGGUUGACGCGCUCGAUACUGCCAACUUCGAUCCCGAGUUCACAUCGGAACUUCCUCAGGACUCUUACGUGGAAGGGCCAAUUCUCUCGGAGACGAUGCAGAACCAGUUUACGGGCUUCAGUUACAACCGUCCCAUUGCUGGUCUCGGAGAUGCGGGCGGCAGUGUUAAGGACCCAUCAUUCGCGAGCAGUCUUCAAGACAACAGCAGCAGGAGAUAG